AUGCUGACCGUGGACAGCUAUCUCAACCGAGCCGAAAGGAAGCAGAGGAACACAAUCGAUGAGUAUAUCAACAGAGUUGAGAAUGCGAAUUUCGCAACACUAUCAAUGGGAGGAAACGACGUCGGCUUCUUCAAUAUACUCAAUGCCUGCGCAUAUGCGUUCUACGGCCCAUUUUCAGGUUCAUGUGAGGAGGCGAUAGAAUUUGCCGAGUUGGUUGUAGCCAGCGAUGAGUUCGCGACGGGAUAUAGCGCGGCGCUGGACCUGCUGCUGGAAAAGGGCGACUCGCCUUCCUUUAGAGUCCUUGCCACGGGGUAUAGUGCCUUCUUCGACGAUGCAUUAACUGAUGACUGCGACGAGUACUCGCUGAGUUACUGGCCGGGCUGGUGGAAAAAGACACUCACUGUGGAUAUACGAUCAAGGAUUAACAAUAUAUGCAAGAAGCUGAACGCUAAAAUCGGCCAGAUCAUCAACGCUCGAUCAGACGACAGGGUCAUAUGGGUAGAUUGGGCAUGGCGGUUCGAUGACCACCGCUUCUGCCAGCCCGGCAAGCCUCCCAUCGACGGCGAAAACACAUGGUUUUUCGACGUAGAUUUCAGAGAAUUCAUGCCUAAUGGGGAUAUUGAUAUCGAGACAUGCGAACAGGAGGCGCUGAUGUCUGGUGACUGGAAUGAGAGAGCUGCCUGCGGCAUUGCGAUUGUCCAGGCAAAGUUUCCCAAUGAAACCCUACGAGGGGCCGGGAACGACGUGGAUACUCAAGGUGGCCGCAGACCGUUUGCUCCAAGCACGGCGAGACUAUUCCAUCCGACGGCGCGGGGAUACGCAGCUAUCGUGGAGGAGAUACGUCUGGUCUGGCCGUAUUAUUAA